CUCACACGCGGUUACCUACCAGACGCUGGGGGCGUUCCUACCGGAUGGGACUUGUGGGAAACGAACAUGGCGGCCUCCAUGAUUUAGAAAACAAAUCAGGCGCGGCCUACACGGUUUCUCUUAUGUAAAUUUUACAGCAAAGAUGGAUGCAGGAUUGCAAAAGAGGCAUCUGCUUUUGAUAAGGCAAAUCGCAGUUUGUACAAUGUGGUCAAGAACUUCACGUUCAGCUUCCCGUCAGUGUUUGCAGUCGGCACAAAUCCUCAGACAUAAUCUCCAAUUACGACCUGCCAAGAACUGCUCUACAGUUGCAGAGAGAUUCAGUAUAAAGCCACAUUUGCCGUACCGUCGUCCUUGGAACAUUGCACCCCUUUCUGCCCUUGACUGUCAAGGUAGUAGUCUGAAUCAACCGGUGCGAUGGUACACCAGGGAAACGCCCCAGAAAAAGCUGGAGCGUAGGCUGGAGAAGAUUGAAAAGCGCAAAAAGGAGAAGAAAGAGAAGAAAGUCAUUGAAAUCAAGGAGAGAAUGUCCAUUAUGGAGCUUGCAGUUGCCAUGGAUAUGGAUCUAGACGGUGUUUAUGAAUGUCUGAUGAUGAAAACAAACAUUGAAGAUUUGAAACCUACAAAGGUUCUAAGAUUGGAGACAAUCAAAGAAGUUCUUAAGUUGUUGGGCAUGACGUACCGCUUUGCCUCCCUGCACAAGGAGGAUGCCAAAGAGAACAAAGAUGCUGUAAGAAGGCCGCCCCCUAAACCUUCCCAGCUGAAGCCACGCCCUCCUGUCGUCACGGUAAUGGGUCAUGUGGAUCAUGGGAAGACUACGCUACUGGACUCGCUUCGCAAGACCUCUGUGGCUGCUGGGGAGGCCGGCGGUAUCACGCAGCACAUCGGUGCUUUCCUAGUUCCCCUUCCAACUGGUCAACAGAUUACCUUCCUGGACACCCCAGGCCAUGCAGCGUUCUCAUCUAUGAGAGAGAGGGGCGCUAACGUGACCGACAUUGUCAUCUUGGUGGUUGCAGCAGACGACAGCGUCAUGGAGCAAACUAGGGAGUCCAUCAAGUAUGCUCAGAAUGCUGGAGUUCCCAUCAUCGUUGCCGUCAACAAGUGUGAUAAACCAGGCGCUGAUCCCGACUUUACCAAGCGAGAUCUUCUAGGCCAUGGCAUUCAACUGGAGGAGUUUGGUGGCGAUGUACAGGCUGUGGAAAUAUCAGCACUCAAGGGUACCAACUUGGAAGCCUUGAGUGAAAGUGUUGUGGUCUUGGCCGAGCUGAUGGAAUUGGGUGGGGAUCCAACAGGGCCCGUAGAAGCCACGGUCAUUGAGUCGCGGGUCGACAAGGGAAAAGGUCCCAUAGCAACAGCCAUCAUUCAGCGUGGCACAUUAAAGCGAGGCAGUAUCCUCGUCUGCGGCACUGCCCAGUGCAGGGUGCGGGCCAUGUUCAACGACAAGGGACAACAGGUGCAGAAGGCAGAGCCUGGGAUUCCUGUAGAGGUGAUUGGAUGGAGGAAACUGCCCAACGCAGGGGAGCUGAUACUGGAGGUGCAAUCUGAGAAAAGAGCCAAAGAAGUUGUGAGGUGGCGAGAGGAGACUGCAAGAUCUGAGAAACUUGAAUCAGAGUCUGUGAUCAUCGAAGAGAGGGCAGCAGAACACCAACGGGCGUACAAGGAACGCAAGCAGGCCAACAGCCUGCUACACUGGAAGACGCUGCGAGCCCAGAGGGCAGCAGAGCGGUUUGCUCGGCCAAAGGAGAACGUCAAAAGUGAUGACCCUGAGCUCAAUCUUGUCAUUAAAGGUGAUGUAGAUGGCUCCGUGGAGGCCAUCUUGGAUGCUUUAGCAACCUACGAUUGCCAACAGCAGUGCAAGAUGGAUGUGCUUAGCUACGGUGUGGGAGUGAUUUCAGACAAGGAGGUGGAGUUGGCGGACACAUUCUCAGGUAUAGUGAUUGGAUUCAACGUCGCAGCGAGUCCUGAAGCUGAGGCCCUAGCCCAAGAUAAAGGAGUACCACUGAAGAUGCACUCAGUCAUCUAUAGAAUGCUGGAUGACAUCAAAGAUGAACUCAGCAGUCGACUACCACCCAAGGAGGAACAUGAUAUACAAGGUGAAGCCACAGUCAUCCAAAACUUUGAGAUCACGGUGGGCAAGCGCAAGGUUAGCGUCGGGGGCUGCAGAGUGAACCAAGGCUCACUGCAUACCAGCAAGAUGUUCAAAGUACUACGCAACGACGACGUCAUACACCAUGGUCCGCUGUCAUCCCUCAAGCAUCUUAAAGACGACGUCAACACGGUCAAGAAAGGCAUGGAGUGCGGUCUACGAUUCCAGCAACCGCUAGAGUUACAUGCUGGAGAUACAAUCAUCUGCUAUGACAUCAAACAUGUACCUCAAACUAUCGACUGGCAGCUAGGGUUUUGAUGACGGGCAUUCCUUCCCCCUCCCCCCCCCCAAAAAAAAAAAACCAAACAAACAACAACAAACAAUUAUUUGAGAACGGUUACAAUUAGCAUACCGGAUAGGUCAUAAGUUUAUGCUGUCUUCUGACGUCAUACGCAACCCACUAUCCACCCUGUCUGUACACAGCACAGAUAAUUCGCUUGAUACCCGUCAUGUGAAAGGCAUAGUAAAAUCAUCAAAUUCCAUGUCUGUUUGUUUGUUUAUUCAACACCGACUGGCGCACGGCUUGCAUAAAUCUGCAUGUCUAGACAUAUUAGAUGUUAUACAGGACUUGGCUCCGUGGAUAACGGGUGAUACUCAGACUAGGAUAUGAGGGGCAUUUUGAUAGAAGUACGUCCCAUCAUACCAUUCG